AGAGAGUUACUGAGUGCAGUGAUAACUUGUCUGUUAUUCUGUGGCUGGCUUUCCGCCCCCCACCCCCCGAGUGCAGAGAUUGCAAUGCAGUUCCACCGCCCCCCCGGCGCUGAGAGUUUCCUCCGGGCCCCCAGCCCCACCCAGCAGCCCACCCGCUUCUACAUCGAGGACAUUCUGAGCCGGGAUGCCGCCGGGGGCUCACAGAGCCGGGCCGUCUCCUGCAGCCCGUUCCCGGCUGUGGUCCCGCCGCCGCCACCGCCGCUGCCACUCGCCAGCUUCAGGGCAGCAGUGUACCAGCGGGCUGGCCAGGUUGGUCUACCCCCACCUCUGUACCGGGCACCAGUGCUCCCACAACAUCUGGCUCCCAUCUUCCAGCCGACUGCUGCCGAGUACCAGCACCCCAUCUACAGACCUCUCCCCCUGGAUAAGGAUUAUUUUUGGAAUGUGUAUACCCAGCGUUCCUCCCACAAAAGAAAAGGGGGUCAGGUGCGAUUUUCCAAUGAUCAGACCGUGGAGUUGGAGAAAAAGUUUGAGAUCCAGAAAUACCUUUCACCACCAGAGAGGAAGUGCCUGGCCAGAUCCCUGCAGCUCAGCGAGAGGCAGGUGAAAACAUGGUUCCAGAACAGGAGAGCAAAAUGGCGAAGACUAAAACAGGAUUUGACUGAGGAUGAAAAACCCAACUGGUUCAAAGCUGAGGAAGGGGUGCUUAUUGACCCCAGCACUGAGGUGGGGAGACAACAGCAGACAGAAAUGGUUGGCACACACCAGGAAUUCUCGGCUGACUCCUCCUGGAGUCCGAAGGGAUCAGAUUCACAGAGCGCCAAGCAGGACAGUGAUGUGGAAGUGGACGUUAAUUGUGAGAAGGUUGAAGAUUUCAUCAGUCCGUCACAUACGGAGGAAACAGCGCCCACAAAAUAAGUGACCACCCAGUGGAAAGCACAAUGGACUCUAAAUGCACUUUGCGUCUCCCCUACAUUCCUUAGCCACUGUGAAUCAGGUCAGAAUUCGAGAAAAAGUUACUGUUAAAUCUUGGAUCAGUUGCUUGCCAUGAUGGUGAGGUAAUUCAAGAGAGUUUCUUGGAUCUCAAGAAGUAAAUGACACCACAGCAAUAAUCACCUGCAGCUUUCGAUCUGACCUUGUCAAUGGGUCAGAGAUGAAGGGGAAGUGGUAAGGAUACUAAUCUCAACAGCAGAAAUAAUGUCUCCCCUUCCUGAAAAUUAAGCAAUGAAUUUGGUCAGCCUCACCUUGUGUAUCAGAGACCAACAGUCCCAUUGUACAUCCUACACCUAACUUAGACUCAGACAUAACUCAAUGCUUUCGGACUGCAUUUCUCCUGACUUUGUACUUGAUGGGGACAGUGUAGAGGGAGCUUUACUCUGUAUCUAACCCCGUGCUGUCCCUGUCCUGGGAGUGUUUGAUGGGGACAGUGUAGAGGGAGCUUUACUCUGUAUCUAAUCCCGUGCUGUCCCUGUGCUGGGAGUGUUUGAUGGGGACAGUGGAAUGAGAGCUUUACUCCAUAGCUAACCCCAUGCUGCCUCUGUCCUGGGAGUGCUUGAUGGGGACAGUGUAGAGAGAGCUUUACUCUGAUUCUAACCCCGUGCUGUCCCUGUCCUGGGAGGAUUUGAUGGGGACAGUGGGGAGGGAGCUUUACCCUGUAUCUAACCCCGUGCUGUCCCUGUCCUGGGAAGGUUUCAUGGGGACAGUGUAGAGGAAGCUUUCCUCUGAUUCUAACCCCGUGCUGUCCCUGUCUUGGGAGGGUUUGAUGGGGACAAACAAUUGCAUAAACUGUUGUAAUAAAGUCUGCUUGAUGCCUCCACAUGGAGUGAAAGUGGCUACGAAAACUCUCAGGUUGCUGCCGAUAACACAGCUCGCUUGCCAAUGUCCUUCAGGUAAAAAUGAACUUGCUGAUCUUACUUGGCUUGACUGAGGUAUAACCUGAGUCCCACAUUGGUGUGGUUAACUUUUCGCUGCCCUCAGAAUUGGCCUUGCUAUUUUUGUUCAGAUACAUCAAACCGCUGUAAAGAUUAACUCGAGCAUGUUGAUUGCAAUAGUUAAAGGAGCCUGCCCAUAUUUACCUCAGGGUACCUGGAAGAUUAUAGAAUCCCUCCAGUGUGGAAUCAGGCCAUUCAGCCCGUCGACUCCACACCAACCAUCAUCUUGGUCAUACCCUACCCUAGCCCUUCAGCCCUGCAUUUCCCAUGGCUGACACACCUAGCCUGCACACUAUGUGACAAUUUAGCAUCGCCAGUCCACCUAAACGGGAGGAGGCUGGAGCACCCGCAGGAAACCCACGCUGACACAGGGAGAAUAUGCAAACUCCACACAGACAGUCACCCGAGGGUGGAAUUGAACCCAGGCCCCUGGCGCUGUGAGGCAGCCGUGCUAACUGCUGAGCCACUGUGCCUCCCCAGUGAUGAACAGAAAAAAAUGUCACUGAUGCUCAAAUGUUGCAAAUAAAUAAAAAUAAAAAUGCUUGUAAAUAAACAUAAACCACAUAUGACCAUUUAACUCAGAUAGCCCUUCUCCAUUACCCACCUUUUGUUCUAUUCAUUCAUGGGAGGAGGGUCUUGGUGACCAGUCCAGCAUUAUUGCCCAUCCCAAUGUAGACGAGACCAGGUAGGGAUGGUAGCUUCAUUCCCUCAAAGUCAUUAAUGAACCAGAUGGGUUUUCUCAACAAUCAGCAAUGGGUUCUUGAUCCUCGUUGAACUCUUAAUUAUAGAUUUUUAUUGAAUUCAUAUUCCAUCAUCAUCCAUGGUGGUGGAAAUGAACCACGGACUAUGGAUGAACAGUCUGGUGUUAAUACAAGGCCAUUGCCUCCCCCCCUCAUGCACAUUUGUGUCUCAUAGCAACAUGCCUUGACUACCGACUGCCAGUCACUGUCCAAUCCCCUAGCCCGAUCCUCUACCCUGUGUUUUGCUCACACUGCACGUUCUCAGUCUGUUGGUGUGUGCACCAUUUGCAUGGAAGAGGAUAUCCAAGAGACAACUUACCCUCAGACCCUGAGGUUUAGGACAGCAAAUGUCUUUCAUAUUGACUCACUCUGCGCCAACCCCAAACCUGCCCACACUUCCGGGAAACCCCCUGAUCAUUAAAAUAUUGUAAAUACUCUGACAUUCAGUUAUCCUUUUCUACGUUCAGUGGAUCUCACACCCGUCAGUAUUUCAGAUUUCCACAAGGAUGGAGAUUAUUCCCCGAAGCUUUUGUCGAUGACAUUGAAACAAAUCAGGGAGAAUUCCCAAGUGGUUUCUGAUCACUUGGAAACUAUCAAAGAUCCAACA